CGGCGCGGCGCCUGCCCGCAGCAAAGAUGGCGGCGGCCCGGCCGCUCUCUCCCUCGCCGCUCGAUGGUUGGGCGCUUGGCUGCGGCGCGGGGGCGGGGGGCGCUCUGGCACGGCCGCGUCGAUGGUGGUGCGGCGCGGUGCAGGUCGGGCCGCUGGCGGAAGGGGCGGCUCACAUGACCCCGCGCAGCGCGGCGGCGGCGGCUCGGCGCGGUGUGUUCGCGGCCUAGUGGCGCCCCGGGGCCUCGCAGCCGCGCCUCACGCGGCCCAGCGGCGUUCCCCCCGCACCAUCCCGCACUCGCGCGGCCAGGACGGGCCGCGGCGGCCCUCCGGACGCGCCUCCUGCUCCGCAGCGAGAGGAUUGUGACUGGAAGAAUGUCUUUUCCACCUCAUUUGAAUCGCCCUCCUAUGGGAAUCCCAACGCUUCCCCCCGGGAUCCCACCUCCACAGUUUCCUGGCUUUCCUCCCCCUGUACCUCCUGGUACCCCUAUGAUUCCUGUACCAAUGGGCAUUAUGGCUCCUGCUCCGACUGGAUGGGGCAGCCACAACCUCUCUGGGCAACCUGUUCCAGUGCCUCACCACCCUCGUAGUGAAGAAUUUCUUCCUAGCCAUGUUCAGGUAUUAGUUCCUACCACAGUGUCUAUGGUGGGAAAACAUUUGGGAGUCAGAAAAGACCAUCCUGGCUUAAAGAACAAAGAAAACGAUGAAAACAGCGGUCCCACCACCACCGUGUUUGUAGGCAACAUUUCUGAGAAGGCCUCGGACAUGCUUAUACGGCAGCUUCUAGCUAAAUGUGGCUUGGUCUUGAGCUGGAAGAGAGUACAAGGAGCAUCUGGAAAACUUCAAGCCUUUGGGUUUUGUGAGUACAAAGAGCCAGAAUCCACGCUACGAGCACUGAGACUGCUUCAUGACCUCCAGAUUGGAGAGAAGAAGCUGCUAGUCAAAGUUGAUGCAAAGACAAAGGCUCAGCUAGAUGAAUGGAAAGCAAAGAAAAAAGCUUCUAAUGGGAACUCCAGACCUGAGACGACAAACGAUGACGAUGAAGCACUGGAUGAGGAAACGAAGAGAAGAGAUCAGAUAAUUAAAGGGGCCAUUGAAGUCUUAAUACGAGAAUAUUCCAGCGAGCUCAAUGCCCCCUCCCAGGAAUCUGACUCUCACCCCAGGAAGAAGAAAAAGGAAAAGAAGGAGGACAUUUUCCGCAGAUUUCCAGUGGCCCCACUGAUACCUUAUCCACUCAUCACCAAGGAGGAUAUAAAUGCUAUAGAAAUGGAGGAAGACAAAAGAGACCUGAUAUCAAGAGAGAUCAGUAAAUUCAGAGACACACACAAGAAACUGGAGGAGGAAAAAGGCAAAAAGGAGAAAGAAAGACAGGAAAUUGAAAAAGAACGCAGAGAAAGAGAAAGGGAACGUGAACGUGAACGAGAAAGGAGGGAGCGUGAAAGAGAGAGGGAACGUGAACGAGAGAAGGAGAAGGAACGGGAGCGUGAACGGGAGCGAGAUAGGGAUCGGGACCGGACUAAGGACCGAGACAGAGACCGCGAGCGGGACCGGGACAGAGACCGCGAAAGGAGCUCGGACCGCAACAAGGAUCGGAGCAGAUCAAGAGAAAAAAGCAGAGACAGGGAACGAGAACGGGAACGGGAAAGAGAACGAGAGAGGGAAAGGGAAAGAGAACGAGAGCGAGAGAGGGAAAGAGAACGCGAGCGGGAACGAGAGCGGGAGAAGGACAAGAAGAGAGACAGAGAAGAAGACGAAGAGGAUGCGUACGAACGGCGGAAACUGGAGAGGAAACUGCGGGAGAAGGAAGCUGCCUAUCAGGAGCGUCUUAAAAACUGGGAAAUCAGAGAAAGGAAGAAAAGCCGAGAGUAUGAAAAAGAGGCCGAAAGGGAAGAAGAAAGAAGAAGGGAAAUGGCAAAGGAAGCCAAACGGUUAAAAGAAUUCUUGGAAGAUUAUGAUGAUGACAGAGAUGAUCCAAAGUACUACAGGGGCAGUGCUCUUCAGAAGAGGCUACGAGACAGAGAGAAAGAGAUGGAAGCAGAUGAACGCGAUAGGAAAAGGGAAAAGGAAGAACUGGAAGAAAUUAGGCAGCGCCUUCUGGCUGAAGGACACCCAGAUCCAGAUGCAGAACUGCAGAGGAUGGAACAGGAGGCUGAGCGGCGUAGGCAGCCACAAAUAAAACAAGAGCCAGAGUCUGAGGAGGAGGAGGAAGAAAAGGCAGAGAAAGAGGAAAAGAGAGAAGAGCCAGAGGAAGAGGAGGAGGAGCCUGAACAAAAGCCCUGCCUUAAACCAACUUUACGACCAAUCAGUUCUGCCCCAUCAGUUUCUUCUGCUAGUGGCAAUGCAACCCCUAACACGCCUGGUGAUGAAUCUCCAUGUGGCAUUAUUAUUCCUCAUGAAAACUCACCUGAUCAACAGCAGCCAGAGGAGCAUCGGCCCAAAAUAGGACUUAGCCUCAAAUUAGGUGCCUGCAAUAGCCCCAAUCAGCCCAAUGCUGUAAAAAGAAAGAAGCUUGCUGUGGACAGUGUUUUCAAUAAAUUUGAUGAUGAAGACAGUGAUGAUGUGCCCCGGAAAAGGAAACUUGUCCCACUGGAUUACGGAGAAGAAGACAAAAGCAGUAUCAAAGGCAGCGUCAACACAGAAGAAAAACGCAAGCACAUUAAGAGUCUCAUUGAGAAGAUUCCCACAGCAAAACCAGAGCUCUUUGCUUAUCCUCUUGACUGGUCAAUUGUGGAUUCAACACUAAUGGAACGUCGGAUUAGACCGUGGAUCAACAAGAAAAUCAUAGAGUACAUCGGCGAAGAAGAAGCCACACUAGUUGACUUUGUUUGUUCUAAGGUUAUGGCUCACAGUUCACCACAGAGCAUACUGGAUGAUGUUGCCAUGGUACUAGAUGAAGAGGCUGAAGUUUUCAUAGUCAAAAUGUGGAGGUUGUUGAUAUACGAGACAGAAGCGAAGAAGAUCGGUCUAGUGAAAUAAAGCACUCUCCUUGCUUCUAGGCGUCCAUUUCAAUUUUGGGCUGUUUUCUUUCCCCCCCCCGCCCCUGUCAUUCAAAGACUUGGAAUUUUCUCUGUUCUCAGAGACUUGAGACCUGUAUUUUUUUAUGUAGAAAAUGUGAAUUUUUUUGUCCUCUGCUCUGAGGCCCCCUUUACCCUUCUCAGUUAGUUAUCUGAAUCCUGCAUUGGUUCUCUUUACAAUUCACAAGGUACAAUUACCGGUAUGUUUUAUAAGCUGCAGCUACUGUACACGCUCUCUGGUAAUUUUGUUAUGUCACUCUGAUUCUUGUAAAUAUGAAGAAGAAAAGCCCCUGUUUUGCAAAACAUUUGCACUUCAUGUGGAACUGUAUCAGUUACAGACGAAGACAAAUUAUUUUACUGAAAAAUUAUCAGUGCUUAUUGUUUUUGUACUGUCCCUCUUUUUAUUUAAGGAAUGAUGAGAAUACAGUUUGAAACCAAGUGGCCUGAGCUGCUCUUGCAGAAGAGCUCUUGUGUGUUCAGUUGAUCCCCUCCUCUGACUCUGGAAAAGGAAUUCCCUCAGACUUUUCAUUCUGGGUGUGAUCCAACACUUGGUACUCUGUUGCUCGUUUAGAAUUGCUAAUGAAACUGGGGAUUUAAUCUCUUGCAGAUGCUCUGCUUCUUACCUAGAAAGUGCAAAUUGCAGGAAGUUUUAUAUUCUUUGCUCAGAUAAAACAAGAGCAGGACCUCAACUCAGUAAGUGCUGUUUUAUGUUUGGGGGUUUUUUAACAUCUAGGGUAUCUUGUGCUCAGUUUCAUUUUAGCCCUUCCCUGUCAUCUCUUCUGACUCCAAAACAAUCAGGUGAGGGAUUUUUUUUAAGGAGAAAUUAUUUUGUAAAGCUGUUUGUUUUUUGUUAGUGUUCAGAAAAACAUACCUAUUUGGCUGUAACUGACCAUAAGCAGUUGACAGAAACAAAACCAUAAGUUUUCAAAGCAAGCCAAAGUCUUGUUUUUAUCCAUGCUGUUCAACUGGCCCCAACUUUUCUUUUCCACUCUAAGCAGUCUGUUGUCCACUAAGAGAGGGUGAUAUUUUCCUGCCUCGUUUGUAUGGGGUUUUAUAAAUAGGCUGAUAUGGUAUAAAUGAUGACAUGUACUGUAAACUGCAUUUUUUCUAUCUCAUACCUGGGUAAGGAGACAUGGGUAAGGUAUCUGGGUAAGAUAAUGUGCUGUGGGCUCUUUUGAUUGCAGGAGGACUGUGUUCCAGGGAGCAAAUGGUCUCAAAAACAUUUUUAAUUUUUAAACACAAUUCUUAAUAGCAAACAAAUUAAGUAAAAGGUGUUCCAGUAUCUCUAUAUUGUAUUUAACUGAAGGAUGCAGGUUGACCUGUUCAGAAAACAAAACUGUGACCUUGAGUUACUAGUUCUUUGUAUCUGGAGAGGGCACUUGAAAACACUGUUCUUAACAAACGGGAUCGUGUAAAGGUUCCACCAUGUAAAUAUUUCAGAUAUUAAAAAUGUAUAUAUUUGA